AAGAAAGAAAGAAAGAAAGAAAGAAAGAAAGAAAGAAAGAAAGAAAGAAAGAAAGAAAAGCCAAUGCAAUCCAGGGCUGCAUUAACACGAACGAUUAAUUAACACGAACGCUACGCUCUUUUCCUGGGUCCGGCUUGGCCCAGCGUUCGGAUGACUCCUGGGGCGCUCAGCCUGCGCGGAGGGAGGGGCCGCCGCUGGAACGCGGCCGCGGGGGCAACGGUUGCGGAACCAAGCUAAGACAGAGCAGCUGCCUCUCCCGCCUUCGUCGGCAACGCUUCGCCUGGGCUCAGUUUCGCGGCCCGCGGUCACUCCUUAAUGUCCCGGUAAAGCAAGACGGAGGGCGGCCAGGAGGCUUAACGGUAGGAGGCGAAGGGGAAAGGAGUCGGUUCCAGCUGAUCCGGAUUGCUGACGAAACGCCGGCCAGGGAAGCGCAGCUCUUCUGCAGUCUGGUGUCUGGCCAGUAGUAUUCCAUCGUCCGAGAUGGAGAAACGCGCUCCCUAUCCUGACAGAAGUAUAGUUGACAUAUCCAAGAGAAGAGUUACUUUCUUAAGUGAGAUGAGUAAUAUAGAAGGAAGUAUCAUAACCUUUUACAAUGUUUCCUAUUUUGUGAAAUUCAAGACUGGCUAUCUUGGCUUUCGAAAAGAAAUUAAGAAAAACAUUUUGUUCAAUAUCAGUGGUGUCAUGAAACCUGGUCUUAAUGCAAUUUUAGGACCCACUGGCUGUGGCAAAUCUUCGCUAUUGGACAUUUUAUCUACAAGGAAAGACCCCAAAGGGCUAUCUGGGGAUAUUUUAUUAGAUGGCAUGGGCUUGCCAACACAAUUUAAAUGUAUGUCUGGAUAUGUAGUACAGGAUGACAUAGUGAUGGGGACCUUGACAGUCAGAGAAAAUUUAAUGUUUUCAGCAGCCCUUCGGCUACCUUUAUCUACGAGCAAAUAUGAAAAGAAGCAGAGGGUUGAACAGGUUCUCAAGGAACUGGAUUUGACUAAAGUUGCAGAUACUAAGGUUGGCACCUAUUUUACUCGCGGAGUUUCAGGGGGGGAAAGGAAAAGGACCAGCAUUGGAUUAGAACUCAUUACUAACCCCAGAGUGUUGUUCUUAGAUGAACCAACCACAGGAUUGGAUGCUAGCACAGCCAAUGCUGUCCUGCUGCUCUUAAAAAGGAUGUCACUGCAAGGAAAGACAAUCAUUUUUUCAAUCCAUCAGCCCCGGUACUCUAUUUUCAAGUUGUUCGACAGCCUGACGCUACUUGCCGCUGGAAGGCUAUUGUAUCACGGGCCAGCUGACAAUGCUCUUUCCUAUUUCAGAAGCCUUGGUUUUGUGUGUGAGCCAUAUAACAACCCUGCUGAUUUUUUCCUGGAUAUCAUCAACGGGGAUUCCUCGGCGGUUGCAAUGAGUAAAAUGACAAUUCACAGUGCAGUUCUUGAGGCAACUGAGAGAGAGCAGGAGACUAUUGCUCUAACAUUAGCAGUACAGUUUUCCAAAUGCAGUUACUACAAAAAAAUGCUCGAAGAGCUGGAUGUAAUGUCUAAAGAACAGAAAAGACAGGCAACAACAAUUAAAGGAGUUCAAUAUUCCACUCCUUUUCUACAUCAACUGAAAUGGCUGUCCAGGCGCACCUUUAAAAAUUUGAUAGGCAAUCCACAAAAUUCCACAGCCCAGAUAGCUAUUAUUACCGUCAUGGGAAUAAUUACUGGAGCUGUUUUUUCUGGUGUUAAAAAUGAUGCAACUGGAAUUCAAAAUAGAGUUGGUGCUUUGUUCUUUUUGGCAACGAAUCAGGUUUUGAACAGUAUUACAACCGUUGAACUUUUUAUCACAGAAAAAAGGAUAUUUAUACAUGAAUAUAUAAGUGGCUACUAUAGAGUGUCCGCAUAUUUCUUCUCAAAAAUAAUAGCUGACAUGUUGCCCAUGAGGACUUUGCCAGGCGUCAUCCUCACCAGCUUGAAUUAUUUCACAAUAGGUUUCAAGCCAGCUUUGGUGUCUUUCUUUAUCAUGAUGUUUACUAUUAUAUUAAUUGCAUAUGCCUCUAGUUCUCUUGCUAUGGCAGUUGCAACAGGACAAAACGUCACAUCGGUUGCGAACCUCCUCAUAAAUAUUUGCUUUGUUUUUAUGAUUGUUUUUUCUGGUGUGCUGGUAAAUCUCACAACCAUUACACCUUCGUUAUUGUGGCUGGAGUACCUCAGUAUCCCUCGCUAUGGCCUAAAUGCUUUGCAAAUCAACGAAUUUACUGGACUCAGAUUUUGCAAUGAAACCCCAGAAGGGGUCAACGUAACAUGUGUUUCUACUACUGCAUUUACAGUAUGCACUGGAGAAGACUAUUUGACAAUGCAAGGCAUUGGCACAACUGCUUGGGACUUGUGGCAGAAUCACGUUGCGCUUAUAUGCAUGACAAUUAUUUUUCUCACAUUUGCAUAUCUGAAAUUGAAAUUUCUAAAGAAGUAUACUUAGCAAGAGGCUAUCCUUACUUAAUGCAGCAUUGUACUUUUAUAAUAAACACUUAGUUCUUGUAACAUAUGGUUAUACAGUUCUUUAAAUACCUUUCUGAUUCAUAUUUAGUAAUAAUUAUGGAAUUGCAAUUGUUGUACAGCUAUUGUCUUCAAACUGAGGCCCAGCUUAAGUAUAUCGUUUUGCAUGAAAAGUAAAAGAGAACAUGAAGCCUCUCAGAAUUCCAUCUGAGGUGUCUAUGCUACACAAGCCAGAUAUCUGAUCUCUUGCAGUCCAAAAAACAGACACAGAGGCCAACUGGAUGGGAAGAUGGUUUUCCCAUAGCAGACUUAAUUGGCCAAAAGGAGCAGGGCAGAUGUUGACUCCUGGCUGUAUUGUUGGUAUCAUUAAUGAGGCACUACAGAAUCUCUAUAUUUAAGAUUUAUAUUGGGAAAGGAAAAAUGCCACAUAACUUGAGACAAUUGAAGAUAAUUAGAUUGUCUCAACAACAGAGAAUGUCAUAAAGAUGUGUGUCCCUUAAAAUCAAGUAUCAAGGUAUUAGUGGUAAAUGGAAUGUGAAGACAAGCCCUAUAAUAGUAAUAAUUCAUUUUAUUCAUUGAAUUAGGGAUGUGCAAAGUAUUUUGCAGAGUAUUCCGACCUUGGAGCCAUACCCAUUUUAAGUUUUGUUCUGGGCUCUGAACUUGAAAAUAAAACUGUUUGUUUGGUUGGUUUUUUUUUUUUUUUUUUUUUAAAAACAUUUUACAUUUUGCUUUGUAUUUUGCUGAUAGUGAGUUUCAGGAUGCAUUUUAAAGUGCAAAGCCUCUACGUUGAUCUGGGUGAUUAAUUCUGCUUUUUGUGUUUAGGCUUUGGUGUGUCUCGAGUGCCUUUUACGAUGUGAAGAGUGAAAAAUCUCUGUUGUUUUAAAUGCUCAAUGGAUUUUUUUUUUUCUCAUGCAGGGCUAGGUUUCCGUUUAAUCUGUUAAUUUAGCUCCGGCUGUGAUUUAAUUCAUGAUUAAAUUUACAUUUUAAAUCAUGAUUUAAUUUUAAUUCAGCUCUGCCUCUGUUCUAUGAGCUCCAGAAUAUAUUUUGCUUCCUUGUGGUAGAACCAGGCCUGGGGAAAUACUAUACAGAGAGUCCUCAACUUACAACUGACUGCUUAGUGACUGUUAAAAGUUCUGAUGGACUUACCCGUGGGUUACUUAUGACCUGGAUUUGAAGUUCCAACAAUCAUCCUUCCUCCAGUCACAUGACCACAGUUAUGACCACAAAUAAAAAUACAUGAUUAUAAAUCUUUUAUUUCACAAACAGUUAGUUGGAUGGCACUUAAGAGCAGAGUAAAAAAUAUCCAUUCUUUGAAAUGAAUGCAAAGCCCACUUCCCCCUCUCCACAAACAACUUCAAAAUACAUAAAAUUGGUCAGGAAGUUGUUCACUGGUACAUUUUUACCAUUAUGUGAAAUGUUCAAAAUUAACAUUUAUAUUCCUUUCUAAGGCAACAUUAUCUUAGAAAUAUAUUGGCACUUUGGAAGCGUGUGUGUGUGUGUGUGUGUGUAUAUAUAUAUAUA